UUAUCGAUGUGAUCCGUGUUCCAUUUAAUUUGGGCACAGUGCUGCUCCAGCUAACAUGUGCGCUAUCAGAUAGAUAUGUGUCAUCUAAAUAUUAUUAUUAUAAACAGGAUUUAACUAAUUGGAUAACAUUUGGACCUUCUUGUAAAACAAGAAAAUAUUAUUAAAAAUGAUAAGCAGAACAUGCAGAAGAUAUACUCGACGCAGGUGUCUACGUUUGUUGUGUUUACUAUGUUUAAUGUACGUUGCUUUUACAUAUGUGUCGGGGUAUUUGGUGCAAAGAAAUGUUUUGGAAUUUUAUUCUAAACCGGAUGAAUGUAUGAGGUUAAAAAAUUGUGAAAAUGAAAAAGGGAGACCUAUGGGUUUAAACAGUAAAGAAAAUAUAUCUACAAAUGGAAAAUUACAAUCAUUUCAAAAACUGGAAUAUGUGGAGACCUCUGACUCAAGAGUUUAUAUGUUAUCUGCUUAUUUUAUCAAGAAGAUGGAAGAACAAAAGGAUAAUAUCGUUACCGUCAUUGGUUGGGAAGAAAAGAAAAAUCACUUUAGUAAAUUUAAAUGUUGCUUUCGUCUGCAAAAAGGCAAACGUAUGGUUAUUAAGUCAAAAAAAUGGUAUAUAUAUUCAUAUCCGAACAGUCUUCUUCGACGAGUACAAUUUACUUGUCCAAUAUCAACUGAGUCAAAAUCGAUCGAAGGAGUAUCAAUUAUAACUGAUUUUAAAAGAACUUGUCAUAAAGAGUCCAAAUACUAUAUCCAGGUGCAAACGCCAUUGCAAGGUGAAUUAGCUGUAUGUACUACUGUUCUGUAUGGAUCUUUAUCUGCUGAACUGCUACUAGAAUGGUUUGAAGUUCAACGGAUAAUUGGAGUUGAAAAGACAGUAACGUAUACAUUUGAACUAAAUAAGGAUGCAAUGAAGAUAUGUGAAUAUUACGAGUCUAUAGGAUUUACAGUGUUGGUUCGUGUUGCUGAUUUUCCUGCUAGAGAAAAGCAUGUUAGAUUUUUAUCUAGAGGCGAUCAAAAUGAUAAAGUGUGGACUGACCAGCAAGUUUUUGCUCUUGAUUGUCAUACCCGUAUGCAUGGUUAUAAGUAUGUAAUUGGAAUAGAUAGAGACGAAUUCGUUUUACCAAAUAUACGAAAAUAUGGAUUAUCUUUAAGAAGAGUUCUUGACCAGAUUUUCGAUCAUUCAACUGCAGGUGUUAUAAUGAAACCAAACAUGCAUGUGACAACAUGGAAACCUUUUAACCAAUCAAGCUCAUUGUUUAUAACGAAAUACCUAAAGGCUACGAAUCCCGUUUGGGACCGAGAAAAAUAUGCACAUAUGCCAAAUCGUACACAUAUAGGAUCACCUAGUCUCCAUGAUUUUAAACCAAAUAAAGGAUUCAAAUGGUAUACACCAUCAACAAGCGAUAUAACUCUCCACCAUUACAGAUCAUGUCAGAAAAUUUGGUGGAAACUAGUUAAAUCUGAUACUAAUGUAGUGAACGACAAAUACAGUAUACAAAACGAGGACGAUCUUGCGGUCAGCACAUGCCAAUAUUUCCGUCAGUACCAACAGAAGGACAUUGAAAUAAUUGGCCAACAUAUUGAACCAAGAGUAUUGAAACUCAGACAUAUGCUUAACAUUAAAAAUUGAAUAUAACUAAGAAACUAGUUUGAAUAAUGAACAAUGGUUUUAAGAUUAUUACUUUUGACAGUUUUUGUCGGUUCAUAAAAAUAUAGUUUUUGGAA